UUCUUCUCUUCCGUUUUAUAUACUUCGCUCUUCGAAGGUCGAAGACGAAACGUUGUUGGUGCAGAGGAAAACAACACGGGACGCCAUGAUUAGCGUUCUUGCUCAGGAACGUCUUCUUGGCGCAGCCUUGGGCAGUAUUUUCACAGGGAUGAUUGUUUUUGAGCAGCGCAGGAGCAUCUAUGGCUUAAUUUCAGAAAAUCAGCCCGAGUACAAACCUCCUCAGAUGCAGGAGCCCAUGUUUGGAAAGAAGACUCGCGUGGAGCUGGCUCACCUCUGGAACAAAACAGUAGACCAAACACUGGGGCCGGUGAUUGCAUAUUUGAGCUCUCGCGGGUGGUAGACUUCCCUUCACCUAAAUUUUUUGUGCUUAUCCUCUUCAUUAUUGUUGUGACACUUGAUUUUAUGGGCGUCCUCCCUUGUCACUCAUCAGCAGUUUUAUACUUUGAAACCUUGUGAAAGUCUAUUGUUUUAAGAGAGCCCACAAUCAAUCAUUACUUCUUUUCCCAUAUAUUUUUGCAAAUUUGACAGGAUAUGAUUACUGUGGCCCCACCAAUUUCGUGAAUAAAAGCAUAAACUUUUAUUUUU